CCCCACCGUCCAAGUCACACUGCUCUGGCUUGGCUCUUCCACCUCCAAUCCCCCAGCUCCUCAGCCUUCAGCAGUCAACAUGGGGAUGGCCAUGACCUCCUCCCCACAGCCACCGCCUCCCCCGCGCCGCCGCCGCAGCCGCUUGCAGUCGGCAACUACAAUCUCCGCCCCCAGUGCCAAUCCCAAGCCCAACCCCAAGGCCAAGGUCAUCCCCCUCCUCUCCGACGUCGGCCGCCUUCAGUCCGCAACUCCCACUCCCACCCCAAAUGGCAAUCCUAGCCCCAACCCCAAGGGCAAGGUACUCCCGCUGCUCUCCGACGUCGGCAGCAACCCCUCCGCCAUCGACUACUACUCCCGCGUCGCCUCCAACCUCGCCGGUGCCGGCCGCCUCGGCGACUUCCUCAUCGCCGCAGAGGGCCUCCGCGCGGCCUCCGGCGAUGCCGGAUUCGCAGCCCGCAUCAAUUGGCGCCUCCUCUCACGCGGCGUCGUCGCCGCGCUCCGCGAGCACGGCCUGCCCCACGUGCUUGAGUUUCUCCGCGACGCCGACCGCAUCGGCGUCCACGCCACCGUCAUGCUCGACGCUGAUGCGUCCGACGCCGUCGCGGCCGCCUGCCGGCAGCUGCUGGACGAGCGCAUCAUGGCGGAGUUUGUGGAGGCCAUCGAGGCCCUAGCUACCUGUGGAUUCUUUGUCAAAGGCAUCGUGGAUCCAAUGGAUGUACUGAAAAUAUUCGUCAGGAAGCGAGAUCCAGAUAUGGCGAUCAGGUAUGCACGUAUCUUUCCGCACUCCCAACUUCUACUCUGCAAUACUAUGGAAGCUUUUGGGAAAAGAAAGGAAUUGAAACAUGCCCUAAAGGUCUUUGGAGCACUCAAGGACCAGUUGGGAGGUAUCAAUAUGUUUGCGUGCCGAAGUAUCAUCGAUAUAUGUAGUCAUUGUGGUUCUUCUGUACAAGCUCGGAUCAUAUUUGAGGGGCUGCUUGCUGAGAAGAUUACUCCGAAUACACAUGUCUUCAACAGCCUUAUGAAUGCGAAUGCCCACAGCAUGAGCUACAAUUUUUCGGUCUACAAGCAUAUGCAAAAAUUUGGUGUCCGUCCUGAUUUGGCGUCAUAUAACAUACUUCUGAAGACAUGUUGCAAUGCUAGAGAGUUCAACACGGCACAAGAAAUUUAUGAGGAAAUGAAGAAAAAGGAACACGAUGGGAUUUUAAAGUUAGAUGUUUUUACAUACAGUACGAUGAUGAAGGUGUUUGCAGAGGCAAAAAUGUGGAAGAUGGCUUCCAACAUCAAAGAUGAUAUGCGGGCAGUUGGUGCUCGUCUUAACCUAGUCACAUGGUCAUCAUUAAUCAAUGCUUAUGCAAAUUCUGGUUUGGUUGAUGGUGCCAUAGAGAUCCUUGAAGAAAUGAUAAGGGAUGGCUGUCAGCCUACUGCCCCAUGCUUCAAUAUUAUCCUUACUGCUUUGGUCAAGUCAUGCCAAUAUGAUAGAGCUUUCCGCUUGUUCAAUAGCUGGAUAGAAUUUGGAAUCAAGGUAUCUCUGUCGCUUGAACAGAAAGGAUCUCUCCCAGACAACUUCACAUUCUGUGAAGAGCAUCCGAGCACCAAUGGCGGCACUAUCUUGGUUGUUCCAUUUAGGCCAACAGUUACAACUUAUAACAUUUUGAUGAUGGCAUGUGGUACUAAUGACGAACGUGCAAAGUCUGUAAUGAAUGAAAUGAAGCGAAAUGGUCUUUGUCCUGACCGUAUUAGCUGGUCCAUUCUCAUGGAUAUUUAUGGAACAUCUCAAAAUAGGAAUGGAGCUAUUCAGGCACUCAGAAGAAUGCAACGUGUUGGAAUAAAACUGAAUGUCUCUGCAUAUACUGUAGCUAUUAAGGCAUGUGUAGAAAGUAAAGAUUUGAAGUUGGCGCUGCACUUGUUUGAAGAAAUGAAAGCACACCAACUGAAGCCCAAUAUGGUGACAUACAGAACUCUCCUGACAGCGCGCUCCAAAUAUGGAUCUUUAAAGGAAAUCCAGAAAUGCUUGGCAAUCUAUCAGGAAAUGAGACAAGCAGGGUAUCAAGCAUAUGACUAUUAUCUCAAGGAAUUGAUAGUGGAAUGGAGUGAAGGAGUUUUGUCUAGAGAUGGUGCAAAUCGAAAUUUUUACCAUUUAAAUCGAAAAGAUGAGAGGAACGAAUCAUUCAACCUUUUUCUUGAAAAAGUGGCAAGAUUCUUGCAAAAAGAUGUUGAUCAAAACCAAACUGUUGAUGUUCGUGGGCUUUCAAAGGUUGAAGCUCGCAUCGUUGUUCUCUCAACUCUCCGCAAAAUCAAAGAGGAGCAUCUUUUAGGAAGAGCGGUCCAGGAUGAUUUGGUCAUCAUCACGGGUCAUGAGAAGACAUCAUACACUGAUGUCGAAACGACUGCUAUCGAUGUCGAGCAUGCAGUAACUGCUGUUUUGACGGAUGAACUGGGUCUUGAAGUUUUUGUUGGACCAGAAAGCCGUCCUCCUGUUUCAUCCAAACUCAGAGCCCCCCCACGCCCUAGGAGACCACAGGGAAUGAUAAAAAUAACUGUCAACUCACUGAAUCAUUGGCUGAAGAGGAAGUCUGUGAGGGAUGUACAGUGACAUUUCCUAGGGGCAUUUCUUUGGUCAAUUUAUACCUGCAAGACUAUCCUGGAUGGAUGAUGUACAUACAACAAUAGGGCUGUUGCUCUGAUGUCCCCGGGACUCAGCACAGGACGAUACCAGAAGGAAAGAUCUGUUGGUGGCCAAUGUAGUCUGAUUUGGUCCAGUAUAUUCAGAUAUAUGGAAAAUCACAUUAUUUGGGGCUGUAAAUGUAACCACGUCAAUCCUCAACCGGGUAGCAUCCCAGGUUAAAAUUUUGAAGUGAUUAGAUGAUUGUUGUAAUCGCCAAUCUUCCGCGUCAAAUGAUAAACAUUCUGACACAGUACUGAUUUGUCCAUCUUUUCUCAACA